CGAGGCCCUGUGCAGGUGUUUGUGUCGACCGUGUUCAUACCAGGCUCGCCAGGCUAGGCCCGCGUGAAGCGAUCAGCUCAAGACCACGACAAUUUAUAAUAUUCCACACCAAACGCUCGUUGGUUUCUUCCUACACCAAAUUUGUCUACUUCGCAACUCCUUUCCUUUCGUCCAGAUCAUGUACCAGUAUCAUUAGAGUCUUCCUACACGUCAAUUGACUUUCCGAAACGUUCAAGCGCUCGGCGCAGCUCUUCCCAACUGAUGUCGAUGUCGAUAUACAAAUCUUAUUCACCUUAAACAUCGCUUUGCCUACUCUUCAGCUGCUACACUUACAGUUUUUUAACCGUCCUUUCUAAUCUCCCACUGUAGAGAACUAAUACGUCUUCCAAUUUGGUAUUGGAGAAUUGAGAGAUGGACUUCAGCAUGGCCGAUUUCGUGGAAUUGGCCCAUGGGUUCCUGGUGAACUUGCAGGAGACAGCGCGGAAGACACCACCCCACAUUCUCUUCUUAGCCCUUCUCUCUGCUAUUGUCUCUUCCUUAAUUUUGGUAAGCCCGUCCGGCCAGCUUCUGCGUCCAGUAUUGUAACUUACUUUCUCUAGCUAUACGCUCUCAUCUACCUUCUUGCGCCGACACCCAGAGCCCCGCAUCCCUCGGAGAAAACAUACAUUACCACCACACCCGCCGGUCCCGUCUGCUCACAAGCCCUCCCGUGUUGGCACGAUGGCUGGCUAGCGCAUCGACGUGAUGCUGCCGCUGGAAAGGGCGAUGCGAAACAUACGGGCAGUAUCGAGGGCCCGGAGAUAAUGAUGAGUGUAGUGGUGCCAGCCUACAAUGAGGAGGAAAGGAUGGAAAUCAUGUUGGAAGAAGCAGUGGAAUUCCUCGACGCGGAAUACGGGAGAUCUCCACUCGAAGAUACCCAGCAAAAGGGCGAGAAAGAAAUUAAUCGGGGGAUUGGAGGCUACGAAAUCUUGAUUGUGAAUGAUGGGAGUAAGGACAAGACGAUCGAUGUUGCGAUGGCAUUCUCGAGGAAGCAUAAACUUCAUGAUGUUCUGAGGGUUUGCACUUUACAGCAGAAUCGAGGAAAGGGGGGUGCGGUCACACAUGGGUUUCGACAUGUACGUGGCGCCUACACUGUUUUCGCAGACGCGGAUGGCGCGAGCAAGUUUGGGGACUUGAGGAAGCUUGUCAAAGGAUGCCAGAAAGUGGAAGAUAAGCAAGGAAGGGGCAUCGCCGUUGGAAGUCGAGCGCACAUGGUAGGAACCGAAGCGGUCGUUAAAGUACUCCUCCCUCCUCCUCUCCUUUCUCUAUUCCCACAUAUCACUAACUCAAACCCUCCACCCCCCCAGAGAUCAGCCUUGAGAAACGCCCUAAUGCACUCCUUCCAUCUCCUCCUUCGUCUCCUCACACCUCCUGCCACCUCCCGCAUUCGCGACACCCAAUGCGGAUUCAAACUCUUCUCCCGCGCAGCACUACCCCAUAUCGUUCCCUACAUGCAUGCCGAAGGCUGGAUCUUUGAUGUGGAAAUGCUGAUGCUGGCGGAGAGUGCGCCGGAUGGGAUCAAUGUUGCGGAGGUACAAAUCGGGUGGCAGGAGGUUGGGGGGAGUAAGUUAAAUGUUGUGUGGGAUAGUCUGGCGAUGGCGUGGGGGUUAGCGAUUUUAAGGGCGAGUUGGAUCGUAGGUGUUUAUCGACGGAGAUGAGAAUCUUGUAGCUUGUGGGGGAGCCUGAGAAUGGGAAAAGUCCUGUCCUAGGGUUGGAUUCGUAUGGGAAUCCUUGAGGGCUGGGAGGUGUCUGGUUUAGGUUGGUGUAGUGUAGUUUGUACAUGUAUAUAUAUGUAUAUAAGCGGAUCCAAUGCAUCUAGAAUCUUGCG